AGUCCAAAAAAAGUUGGCCUCAAAAAGAAGAGGGACGCUAUAAAAGUAGGCUACUUCGUUAGUUGGAAAAGCGAGUUUUCAAGAACAAUUACGCACUUAACCAUGGAGAAAACCGAAGUGAUGAAACCAAAAAGUCUUGAUGACCUGAUCAAAUUGCUGCAUAAACUCUUUGAAAGUGACAAAAUCAAUGUGGAGGAGGUGCAACAAAUAAUGGAGGCAUAUGACAGCAAUCUACAAGAGUGGAAGCAAUUUGCGAUGUUUGACCCGACCAGGUAUACAAGGAACCUGGUGGAUGAAGGGAACGGAAAGUUCAACCUCAUUUUACUCUGUUGGGGAGAGGGUCAGGGCAGCAGUAUCCAUGACCACACAGACUCCCACUGUUUCAUGAAGAUGCUGCAAGGCCAACUGAAGGAGACGUUGUUUGAAUGGCCCAAUAACAAAACACAGGAUGUUGGUGACAUGGUUCAGAAAUCUCAGAGAAUUCUGAAAGAAAACCAGUGUGCCUACAUCAAUGAUUCCCUUGGGUUGCACAGAGUAGAGAACGACAGUCACACCGAAGGUUCGGUCAGUUUGCACCUGUACAGUCCACCCUUCGAUACCUGCCAGACCUUUGACGAGCGCACAGGACACAAGAACACUGCCAAGAUGACGUUCUGGAGCAAAUUUGGAAAGAGGACUCAAUCUGAAACAACAGUCUCACAAGAAAACAACUGAGGCGCAGAAGAAAACAAUUGCGCUUGGAAUGAUAGUGUUGUCAAAUAGAGUCAACAUGAAGCUGUAAAUAAGGAAAAUUCGUACCUAGACAUAUAGGGGAUCUUAAUUUGAGCCAGUUUGCUACAGAAUGAAAAUUAUUCUGCAGCAACAGGAAAUGUGACCUGUGUAACAACACUUUUGCACUGUUAUAGCAUAUGGUUGAAGUGUAUUAUGUAUGAGUGGAAAUAGGUUGUCUUUUACAUCAAGGAAUGUCAUCAACAGUUUUACACUUUUAUUGAAGUGUUAUUGAUUUUUACAAAUAAUUGUCUUAACACUUGUCAAAAUAGUGAUGUAACAUUAAAUUAUUUGUGCAG